AAGGCUUCCGGACAGUGCGAGAUUCUGCUGACGGCUCAUGUCACGGUCCUAGCGUUCUCUGUGACGUUCCUUCCGCAAACGCCCAUCCGGCUCCUGCUUCCACCGGACUCACUGUUCUCCGCGGCGGGCGUGAGUUCUUGAACGGGGCUAGCGGCGCAAGCUGGUAACCAGGUGCUGGGUGUGCGUCUCAGGAAGGCCCGGGGUGCAGCGGAUCUCCCGUCCCCUCGGCGGCCGCCCAACACCAGUGUCCCGCCCAGGCCCGUCUACGGAGGCGUCGCCGGGGAGCGUGCCGACCGGGCAGGGGGCCGACAUGUCCAACCCCUUCCUGAAGCAAGUGUUCAACAAGGACAAGACCUUCCGUCCCAAGCGCAAGUUCGAGCCGGGCACCCAGCGCUUUGAGCUGCACAAGAAGGCACAAGCGUCGCUGAACGCGGGGCUGGACCUGAAGCUGGCCGUGCAGCUGCCCCCCGGCGAGGAGCUCAGCGACUGGGUGGCUGUGCACGUGGUGGACUUCUUCAACCGCAUCAACCUCAUCUAUGGCACCAUUGGCGAGGGGUGCACAGAGCAGUCGUGCCCGGUCAUGUCCGGCGGCCCCAAGUACGAGUACCGCUGGCAGGAUGAGCACCAGUUCCGCAAGCCUACGGCGCUGUCGGCCCCCCGCUACAUGGACCUGCUCAUGGACUGGGUCGAGGUGCAGAUCAACGACGAGGGGCUCUUCCCCACCCACGUCGAAAGAAAUGACCGCGCGGAUGUGCCACUGAGCCCCUGGGCCCUGCAGUCACCGAGGCAGUGCCAGGGGACCCUCGCUUUUACGGCCACAUCUCCAGACCAUGGACUUGAGCUUUCUAGAAAGUGCACCCAGUGAGCGAGCUUGGUCCCGGUGCGGCUGCACUGACCGUGGGGGUGGGGUCCUCCGCCAUCUCGGUGGGCAGCCGCCGUGGGUCUCCACGUGGCCACCCUGAGCCCAUCUCCUUGGCAGGCAUCGAACUUGAACUCCGUGGCUCAGCGUGUCGAGCACCAGCGAAAACCCACUGGUGAACCCCUAGCACUUGCCCUCGUGGCCCCGUGUCCGCUUCGUGACUCGCACAACGGGAACCCCACCCCUGCUUCCCAGCCGGACCCCUUCAUGGAUCGUGAAUGAUGGGAUUUUUCUCCCUGUUAGAGAGACGGCCCCUCUCUCUUACAAAUAACACGGGAUGGAUCUUCCGUGUCCCGGGCUGGAACCUGUUGAAUUUUGCCAAACGUGUAGCUGGGGUGAGCCCUUCUGCAACGCGUGCCGGCUCUGUGUGGAAACCCCGCGUUUGUGUGGCC